GAAGCACAUCACAGACCUGUACGAGGACCUGAGGGAUGGGCACAACCUCAUUUCCUUACUGGAGGUCCUCUCUGGAGUCACCUUGCAACAGAAGAGCGGCCCUCCACCGAAAAGGGCAUACGCCUUGCGGGCCCCCCCUCUCAUCUUACUCGAAGGGGGGGAUGAGGAGGAGGAGGAGGAAGGAGCUCAGGGACCCAGAGAAAAGGGGCGCAUGAGAUUUCAUCGACUACAGAAUGUCCAAAUAGCGCUGGACUUCCUCAAACAGAGACAGGUCAAACUUGUGAACAUCAGAAACGAUGACAUCACCGACGGGAACCCCAAGCUGACGUUAGGUCUCAUCUGGACCAUCAUCCUUCACUUCCAGAUUUCAGAGAUCUAUGUGAGCGGCGAGUCGGCCGACCUCACAGCCAAAGAGAAGCUGUUACUAUGGAGCAAGCAGGCGACAGAAGGCUACCCCGGCCUCCGCUGCACCAACUUCUCCUCCUCCUGGAGCGAUGGACGCAUGUUCAACGCUCUGCUGCACAGAUACAGGCCAGACCUGAUCGACAUGGAGGUGGUGUCGCGGCAGAGUAACCGGGAGAACCUGGAGCAGGCCUUCGAGAUUGCAGAGUCGCUCGGGGUGACCAGUCUGCUGGACGCUGAGGACGUUGAUGUUCCAUCUCCAGAUGAGAAGUCGGUCAUCACCUACGUCUCCUCCAUCUAUGAUGCCUUCCCCAAAAUCCCUGAGGGAGGAGAGGGCAUCACCGCACAUGAGGUGGAUCAGCGCUGGUCGGAGUAUCAGUCCAGGUUCUUCUCUCUGCUCCAGUGGAGCCGCCAGCAUACGGCCAUCAUGGCCAACAAAAACUUCCCACAAAACCCUGUGGAACUCAAGGCACUUUACAACGAGUACGUCCAUUUCAAAGAGACGGAGAUCCCCGCUAAGGAGGUGGAGAAAGGUCACAUCGAGCACCUCUACAAACUGCUGGAGGUGUGGAUAGAGUUUGGUCGUAUCAAGCUUCCUCAUGGCCUCCAUCCCAACGACCUGGAGGAGGAGUGGGGCAAACUCAUCCUGGAGAUGCUGGAGAGAGAGAAGGCUCUACGGCCGGCUGUGGAGAGGCUUGAGCACCUGCUUCAGAGGGCCAAUAAGAUCCAGAACAUGGCUCUGGACUGUGAGGAGAAACUCACCCUCGCUAGAAACACACUCCAGGCUGACAUGUCGCGGGUGGAGAGUGGGGAGGGGGUGCAGUGUGAGAGGGAGCUGGCCUGCUACCUGCAGGACUGCGAGUCUCUCAUCAGACAACUCAACCAGGAGCUCAAAGUCCUGAGGGAGGAGAAGUACUACCAGGUGGAGCAGCUGGUGUUCAGAGCGUCUUGCCUUCAGGAGGAGCUGGUCUCUCUCAGACUGCAGUGCUCCAGCCUCUACAGGAAGGGCAACUUCACCCAGAGCCUGGGCCCCACGGGGGCCGAGCAGCAGAGGGCCUCAGACGGGGGCCUGACGCUGGGGCAGACGCUGCUGGGGGCCGUGGGAGCUGUCGGUGCCGCGCUCCUGCGGCGACCCAUCGCUCGCUCCCAGCUGGUGGCCAUGUCUUCAUCGGAGGACGAAGGAAGCCUGAGGUUCAUCUACGAGCUGCUGGGAUGGGUGGAGGAGACGCAGGUCCGUCAAUACAAGAACAGUUUAGGGACACGAGGAGUGGUUUUCUCAAUGUUACACACAUACACAUAUGUACACAUCACUUAUUCAUGGACACAGAGAUCUUUUGUCUUGCAUUUGUUUCCUGACAUUCUUUACCGUUCUCUCCGGCAGGCUAAAGUGUCUCCAAACUUCAAGAGCAGUUACUCUGAAACCCUGGCCAAGCUAGAGCACCAAUACUGCAAACUGCUGGAACAUUCGUCAUGGCGCCUGCGGAGCUUGGAGAGCCUGCAUGCGUUUGUGUCGCACUGCACUGAGGAGCUGAUCUGGCUCAACGAGAGGGAGGAGGAGGAGAUCGCCUUCGACUGGAGCGACAACAACAGCAACAUGAACGCCAAGAGGGAAUUAUACAGCGAAAUGAGGUUAGAGCUGGACGAAAAACAAGACGUGAUGCGGUCGCUCCAGGAAACCGCCAACCGUCUGUGUCAGGAGAACCAUCCGGCCAAACAGAGUGUGGAGGCGUACAGUGCAGCGCUGCAGACUCAGUGGCAGUGGGUGAAGCAGCUGUGUGUGUGUGUGGAGACGCAUCUCAAAGACAACACAGCAUACUUCCAGUUUACGAGUGAUGCUCGGGACUGUGAGUCGUACCUGCGCCAGCUGCAGGAAACCAUCAAGAGGCAGUACACCUGUGACAAGAACAGCAGACUGAGCAAGCUGGAAGACCUGCUGCAGGACUCAAUGGAGGAGAAGGAGCAGCUUAUCGAGUACCGCAGCACGGUGGCCAGCCUGGUGGGCCGCGCCAAGACCCUGGUGCAGCUCCGGCCCCGCAACGCAGAGAGCACCCUGGGGGCCACGACCCCUAUCAGAGCCGUCUGCGACUACAGGCAGAUAGAGAUCACAAUAACCCGGGGAGAGGAGUGUGUGCUGGAGGACAACUCCCAGAGGACCAAGUGGAAGGUGAUCAGUACGACGGGGAACGAGGCCAUGGUCCCCUCGGUGUGUUUCACCGUCCCACCUCCCAACCAGGAGGCCAUGGACACAGCCAGCAGGGCAGAGCAGCUGUACCAGAAGGUCAUGUCUCUGUGGCAUCAGCUGCAUGUGAACAUGAAGAGCGUGGUGUCCUGGCACUACCUGCUCAAAGACAUCCGGACCGUCUCCGGAUGGAACCUGGACACGGUGCGUUGUCAGUCUCCUUCAGAGCGGCAGCAGGUCCUGGAUCACCUGGAGUCCCAGAUGUCAGACUUCCUGUCUGACAGCAAAGAGAGCAUCUUGUUCACGGCAGGAGAAAGACGAGAGCUGGAGAAGGAGGUCCAGCAGGCCCAGACACACUGCCAGGACCUGCUGCUCAACAUGGAGACCGUGGAGAAGGACGAGUCGGUCUCUCGGUCCUACCUGUCGGAGCUGCAGAACAUCACCCUCCGGCUGAACGACGCCGAGCAGAAACUGAUGAGGGGGAUUCAGACCCCGCCCCCCAGCCGGCUGUCAGGGGACAGCGGUGACAACACUGUGCAGAUAGCAGAGCAGGAGAAUCUGCAGUCGGAGUUGGACGCCAUGCGCUCCAGUUUGGGAGAUGUGUCCCGGCGCUGCAUCAGUUUCUUCGAGGAGAAGCCGACGUCCUCCAGCAUCCCCGUCCUCCGGGCUGAACUCAAUCAGGCCGUGGAGAAGACAGACAAACUGCACAACCUCUCCUCUGUAUACCUAGAAAAGCUGAAAACUGUAGAGGUCCUGAUGCGUAGCCUGGAUGAAGCUGAGAGCCAGGUCAGGAAGAACGAGAGCAGACUAAGUGAAGAGGACAUCGUUCCUGCAGACACGACGGCCAUUAAAAACCUCAGAGAGCAACUAGGGAAGUUGCAGGCUGAUCUGGUGGAUCAGGAGAGCGUCUUCCAGUCCCUGCAGUCGGAGGUCGCCUGCGCCAAAGAAGCUGCGUCUCAGCUCAGCAAGCUGCACCCGGACCGCAGCCCUGAGCUGGAGCGCCUCCAGGAGAGAGCCAAUCAGAUGGCAGACAGGUGGAGCGGAGUCAAGAGGCAGAUGGACACACGACGGACAGAUCUAGAGUCAGUGGGCUCGGCCCUGCAGCAGUACAGAGACGGACACUCUGCUCUCAUCAACUGGAUCGAAGAAACGACAAAGAGACAAGAAAACACCCAACCUGGACAGACGGACAGCAAGGUGCUGUCAGAACAGCUGGCCCAGCAGACGGCAUUAGUAGCUGAGAUUGAACAGAACCAGACCAAACUAGACGAGUGCCAGACUCACUCCAAACAGUACUGCACCUCAGUGAAGGAUUAUGAGCUGCAGCUGAUGACCUACAGAGCCUUUGUAGAAUCUACACAAAAAUCCCCUGUGAAGAGGAGGAGGAUGCACUCUUCAUCUGACGCCAUCACACAUGAGUUCAUGGACUUGCGCACACGCUACACAGCCUUGGUCACCUUGACAACGCAGCAUGUGAAGUACAUCAGCGAUGCUUUGAGAAGAAUAGAAGAAGAAGAGAAAGAGGUGGAGGAGGAGAAGCAGGCGAGGGUUGGGCAGGUUUCCGACCUGCUGGGCUUUGUCAAGGGCCUCCAGGGACGGACUGGGGGCCCCAACGCCGAGUCCUCACUUGCUGCUCAGCAGGCCAUCAGUGAACAGCUGGCAGCCAAGAAAGAUGAAGUGGCCGAUGCCAUAAGGAGCACUCAGGUCUUCCUGCUGUCAAAACAGGCCAGCAAGCUGUCCCCAGAGGAGUGCGCUCAUGUGGAGGCUCAGCUGGACGAGCUGACGUCCACCUACAACCAGCUGUGCACCAGCUCCACCCAGCAGCUGCAGCAGCUGGAGCAGCAAUUGGCCAAAGAGGAGGAAAGAAAGAACCAGAGUGCCAUUGCUGGAGUUAUUGACUUGGUAACAUUGGAAACAUUCCCAGUGUUCAAAGCAGCCCAACGAGGCCUUAUUGACCAGGACACCUGCCAUGUACUGUUGGAGGCCCAGCUCAUUAUGGGUGGGCUCCUUAAGCCUGACUCCCCUCUCAAUCUUUCACUGGAACAAGGUCUGGCUCAAGGUCUAAUUGACACCCAUUAUCAACAAUCCCUUUCUGAGCUAGAAACUGCCUUGCUGUUGGUGGAAAAUACUAAGUCUACAGAUGACCGAACACAAAUUGUGUUGCCAGUUGCCACAGCCAUCGAGUUUGGGCUCAUCAGAGAGGAUGUGGGACUUCGCAUUUUAGAACUCCAGUUAAACACUGGAGGCCUGAGAAACUCAGUCGGAGAUCUCAUGAGUUUGGAGCAAGCGGACCAAAAGAGACUUUUGACUUCUAGAACCCUUUCCAAACUCCAGUCAAGGCAACAUAAUAAAGAGCUGAUCGAUCCAAACACAGCAGAACAAUUAAAUCUGAAUGAGCUUCAACAGCGCUGUGUCUGUGAUGACCACCCUGGUCUCCUUCUACUCCCUGUCAAACAGCAACCCGGAGGAACUGUUUGCCUCCGUACUGGAACAAAAGUUGGCAUAUUCCGUGCAGUCCAGGAAGGUCUGAUUGAUCGGAAAGUAACUGUACGACUUCUUGAAGCUCAACUCCUUGCCGGUGGUAUUUCUGACCCACGAUCUGGCCACAGGAUGACAAUUGAUGAGGCUGUUCGCCAUGGGCUUAUGGACCAGGAUCUAGCCUGUGCCAUGUUAGCACGCCAGUUGCAAAAUGGGGGAAUUCUAGACCCUUACAAUGGAGAACGGCUGAGCUUGGACGAGAGCAUCCACAGGGAUCUUCUCUCUCCUCGCUUGGCUUUAUUAGUCCUUGAGUCUCUUUGGGCUUUCAUGGGUAUACUCAGGCCUGAAUCUGGAGAAAUCCUGCCAAUUGUUGAAGCUAUUCAACAAGGAGUUAUCUCAGGAGAGCUUUCUAGAAACAUCUUAAGGAAGCGACAUGCCAUUGGGGCCUUGUACAACCCUGAAAACCUCCAGGUCCUUCCCCUAAAUCAGGCUGCUGAAGAGGCCCUUGAGCCAAGUGUGGUCAGUUUUCUCAAGGACAUCCACUUCCCAGAUGUUCUUUCGAGCAUGAACCAGUUGGGUACCCCAUCUCCAAACCGCUUGAGCUGGGGUUCCACAAGCUCCUCUCCACCACCAUCAUCUCCAACACCUUCAACCUCUCCUUCAGGUGUUUACUUGGAAACAGCACUUAAACAUGGAAUGAAUCCUGAAGAGCAAGCAAAACAAAAUCUUCUGCUUCACCUUAUGACUCACAGCUAUGUGGAUGCCCAUUCUGGAAAUCGAUUGGUGCUGCUUGACCCUGAGUUGGUAGAGUUGGUCAAAGCUACUCAACUGGUUGCUGGAGACUCUGUAUAUGAAAGUACAGUUAAGCCACAAAGCAUGUUGACUACAGAUGAGACUGGGAAGCUGCAAAUGGAGAGUAAGUUCAGUUCAGCAGAUAAAGGAGGGAGUUUGAGACACGCUGAGCUUGAAGAAGGAAGUUCUGAUGUAGUCCAGAAUGAAAAAGCUGUGAUAAUUAGUACAGGAAGUCUAGAAGAAAGGUAUAAUGGAAAGAAUGACAAUAAAUUGCUCCACAAACCACCAGUUGUUGAUGGGAGUGGUUUAGCAGCAACAAAUGAAAAGCGUGUGGAUACAAAUGCAAAAUUGAAAGCUCAAAAGAAAGAAAUGUCUGAUCAUGAAGCUUUGAUGGCUUCAGCUAAAAAUAUUAAAGGUCAAAAUGAGCUUGAAGCAAUGGUGUUCAAACCAAGGGAUACGGAUGGUCAAAAGACUAGUACACCCUCAACAGUAGCUAGAAAAACAGCUACAGAACCACUCAAAACAUUGAAAGAACAAAUCCAACCGGGAGCAAAAACAAAUGAAAAUGUUAAACCAAAACAAUCUGACUAUGAGAAAGAUGUAAAAUAUUCCCAGACUGAAUCAGAAAGGAUUAAACUAAAUAUAACAAUUCCUAAAAAAGCGACUCACUCAAAGCAUGCUAAAGAGUUUGAUAAAGAUUCAGCAGGGGAGAUGGAAGGGGAGGAUGCUGAAUUGGCAAAGUUAGUCCUCCAGCUCAAACAGGGAGGUCUGAUGACAGAGGAAGGGGAAAAGCUUCUCCCAGAUGAGGCAGUAGCACAGGGUGUCCUUCCUGGUCACACAGCAGUUAAAUUAAUGGCGCAUGCAGGUCUGUUUGGAGGUUUUCUAGAUGCUAGCAGCUGUGAGUCACUCAGCAUGGAAGAUGUCAUGCAGGAGGGUUUACUAGAUGAAGAUCUAAUGUGGAGUGUCCUGAAGUCAGAUAAGACCCUUUCAGGGGUUGUGGAUGUAGAAAAAAGGCAGAUCCGCGGGGUAAGCGAGGCUGCUCAAGUAGGGCUGAUUGACCCCAACACCGCUGCUCGACUUCUAGAAGCCCAGGUGGCGUCUGGAGGGAUUGUUGACCUUCGUAGGGAUAAGAAAGUCUCUGUCACUCUCGCAGCAACACUGGGAUUGAUUGAGGAGGGCCAAAGAGAAGAACUAGUUGCACUAGAGAAGGCUUACAAAGGAAAGGAUUCAGAUUCAACAAAAACCCUUACUAAAGCCAGUUUACAGCUACAGAUGGAAGGUAUUAUUGACCCAGAGUCCAAGUCUCCAGUGCCUCUCGAGCAGGCAAUCCAGAAAGGGUUAAUUAGAUCUGAGGAUGUUUAUCAAGUUUUGGCAAGGCAGGUGGCUGAGGGUGGUGUAAUACAUCAUGCUUCAGGUGUGAGGCUUUCAGUCCCUGAUGCUGUAGAUAGAGGUUUAGUGGAUCGGUCCAUUGCUCCUGGGCUGGAAGAACUAGAGUGGGUCUACCAAGGAAAAGUCAGCCCUUCAUCCCACCCAGAAGCUGUACUUUUCCAGGCAUCAACAGGAGCCAUUUUAGACCCUGAGUCUGGAUGUAAACUGACAUUGACAGAGGCUGUUUCUAUGGGUCUUUUAGAUGAGAAUAUUGCUAGUGAAACCAUGGCUUCUCCUGCUGUAGCACAAGGGGUGCUUGACCCUGAAACUGCACGUAUUGUGCCUUAUUCAGAGCUUGUAAACCAGGGUAAAAUAGAUAUUGAAACAGGCAAACGUUUCUUGGAGGUAAAACCAUUCAGAGGUGUUCCAGAUGAGGAAACAGGAGACAGUUUGACCCUUCCUGAGGCCGUUGCGUCAAAAAAAGUUGACCCGGUUCCAGCAUUGAGGCUGCUUCAAAGCCAGGCAGACAGUGGAGGGAUCAUUGAUAUCAGAACUGGAGAUAGGCUUCCCCUAUAUGAAGCCUGUGAAAGAGGUUUAAUUGAAGACAGUAUGGUCAGAACAAUUGCCACCAACCAGUUUUUGAAAGGAGGCUUGGUUGAUCCUGCAACUGGACAACGCGUCUCUUCUUUCAACGAGGCCAUUGCGAAACGACUGAUACCUAAUGACGUAGCUUCAGAGAUUCAGGAGAGAUUGGCUUCUUUUGCACUCAAGGGUAAUGAAGGUAGUGAUACACCUGUUACCUCAUCAAGUGGUGCAUACAGCCCUGCUGUUAUAUUGUCAGUGUCAAGCCCUGAUAGUCCAGCAAAUUCGUCGUGCGUAAAUACUGAGGGGCCUUCAAAAUCUCAAUUUUCAAAGCAAGGUUUAGGAAUUACACAGGACAAUGGAAAGACAUUCACAUCUGUAGAACCAGAUCAGUCACUGCUUAACCAACCUUCUACAGAAGAAGAAAAAGUGCCAGUGUCUGUGGAAGAAGCGGCUUCAAUUGAGCCAGACCAAUCCAUAGACCUCUUGUGUAAGUUUGCAACUAAUGUUGAGAAAAGAAUACAGGAAGCCAUAGAAGAGAUUGUACCACAGAAAAACAUCAAACAAUCAAUGCCUCUUCCUAAUCAAAAAAGUAUGCAAAUAGGUGCGAGUGAGACUCGUGAUAAACAAAAGGAAAACGUUCAGGCACAUGACCGUGAUAUUGACAAAAACUCACGGGCAGAGGUCAUAAAAGGUGCUGCUGUUUCAAAGUCAGAUGGCGAACCUGUGAAAGUAGGGGAAAAGAAGAGUAGACCCAAUGAUGAGAGCACAUCAAUGAUUAAUCGUGAUUCUGAAGAUGGAAACCUGGCAGCAGAGGUUAGAGAUAACAGGGAAGGCAAAGAUGUAAUUGAAGUAUCAACAUUGAGUGAAGAGGAUUACAGAAAGAGUGGUGUGGCGAUAAAGAGAGAUAAAGUUGUGGAUAAGAAGGUUAAACAAGUAGAGAAAGACAAACCAGUAGACAUGGAAUGCAGCCCUGAUGCUGAGCAGUCAGACCAGUUGACCUCUCCAUCCAAAGACACAGAAAGCAAAAGCAAGAAAAAAAGGAAGAAUAAAAAGAAUGGAAAGGGUAAAGAAGCAGAGAGAGAAACACACGCUCGAGAGAUAACGCAGUCUUCUCAAAUUCAUCAAGAUGAUACACAUAUUCAAGGGCGUCCUGAGACCACUGAAAUUGUCUCAGAUAAGCUUGCAACACAAGACAAAUGUGAGAAAUCAAAGAUUCAUGGUCCGUCAGAUUCUACUGGGCCUUCCAAUGUAGAAAGUGAAUCAAAGAUAGGUGAAAAGAUUGAAUCUGAAAAGGAUUUGGUUAAACAGGAACAGGAAUCAGUUCCAGCCGCUCAGCAAUCCACAGAAAAUACUAUUGAGGCAGAGAAGGAUACAUUAAAAAAGACAUUAUCAAAAGGUGCAGAAAAGGCUGAUAUGAAAGAGGAGAGUAAAAGGGAGAGGCAGAAAGAAAAUGUUGAAAAUAUGGUAUCAGUCUCUCAGCAACCAGAACAAUCAGAGAGCAGUCAGGAGGUCAAGAAAGGAAAGGAGCAUGAAUUGCCGCAGAAAUCUACUCUACCAAACAACGAGAAAGCAGCCUUGCUAAUGAAAGCCAAAGAGAGCAUUCUUAAAAAGGUGUUUGAAAAAGGAGUGAGUGAAAAGCAGGCUGCUGAGGAGCUGCAGGCACUACGCAAGGAGGUGGGGAGUCAAGGAAAGACUGUCAAGUCACAAACUCAACCAACUAAAGCUGAUUUAGUGGAGAGUCAUGGUGUCGGAGAUGAUGGUGUCAAGAGAACCAAUGGUUCACCAAACGAGAGUGCAGAAGAGAAGAUGGUCACAGAGGAUAAGACGAUAGAGAACAUUUUUGACAAGGAGGAUACCCAACUUUGUGAAGCUUCUUCAACUAAGGGAGAGGAGGGCAGCAGUUUUGGAGAAGGAGAUAUUAAUGCUGCUCCAUCAGUCCAGUCCAAAGAAACUCUGCAAAGCAAGCGAAGAAAGAAGAACAAGAAGUCCAAGAUUCCUAAAGUGACAGAGGCUGAUACUGAGAAGGUACUGCCUGAUGAGAAAGUGGAUUCUGAGGUGACGCAAACUACCACAAAAUCUGCAAUGGCUAUAUCAGAUUUAGAUGACUUAACAGCAGAACUGCGGAUGGACAAACAAACUGAUCUGAGUCAGUCGGCCAGUGAUCUCACUAGACCCUCAGUUGGUGAUGAGGCAAAUGAAGUGAGGACCUCUUUAAUUCACGGUAAAGCAGCUAAGACGAGUCAACACAGUCCCACAUAUUUAUGUAAAUCAGAAGAACUCAAUCCUAACAUCGAGGAACAAACACAAUCGGCAGGGGUUACGUCUAUAGGUAAAGAAGAAUCCCAAUCAGAAACCAACAUUGCUGGCAAAUCCAUAGACAUUACUCAAAAAGCUGUUGCAUGCAAACCAGACAUUCAACCCCCAAGUCAAUCUGUGGUUCUUGGCACACAACCAGAUAAAACAGUAGGGAAAAGCAGAAAGAAGAGAAGGCACCAACCACCUGGAGUUGAUGGCAGCAAUGUUCCAGAAUCAAACACUCUAAAAGAACAACAGCAACAUCUUGAGUCUAAAGAAUCAGCACCUUCACUCUCAGAAGAUACUUCAACAGAGUCUGAAUCUCUUGGAGUCCCUGAGUCUGACUCAACCUCUGAGAGUUGGGGGGAAGGAGAGCACGAUGUCAGUGAAAGCCGAGAGAUAGUGGCCAAAAAAGAAGGGGUGACAUCCAUGACCAGCAAGUCAUCAUUGAUGCGGCAAGAGUGCUUGGACCAUGACCAGCAAAUUGUAGCCCUGGUGUCCAUGGUAAGACACAUCGAGGUCCGACUCAAACAGCAGCAGCAGCAGUCUGUUGGCCGCAGCCUUAUCGCCUUGGACGACAUCAUCACACAGACUGAGACUCUGGACCUUGAGUUGCGUGACUUGGAGCCUGCAGUCACCAAACAGGUGGAGGCUGCUGAAGAACUGUUGAAGCCCCGACCUAAAGACGUUCCUCCGCAGCUCCUAUUGGCUCUGGAGAAGGAUGGGCGGAGCCUGGCCCGUGGGUAUGAGGCUGCCAGGGCACUUUCUGAGGGCAUUCUGCAAAGUCUACGAGACCAUAGAAACUCAUAUAAGGAGGCAGUAACAGCUGAGCAGAAGUCCCUGGGAGGACGAGUGGAGAAUCUGCUCUCUUGGUUGAGGGAGACAGAGGCUCAGAUGAGUGGUGGAAUGGCGGGGAUGGACAAAAUGGAGACGGCAGAGAAAGAAGAUCAUAGUGAUCAGCUAACACAGCAGCUGAAUCUCUGCAAGGAGCUCCAGGCCUCUCUGACCGCUCGCUCCAGUGAGGUCAACAGCACUGCCUUUGACAUCCAGGUGUUCAUCUCAGAGCGGGCCCAGGACCUGGCCCCCGAGCAGAGCCGGCAGCUCCUGGGUCAGCUGCAGCAGCUGCAGAGGGCCUUCCACCUGGCCUCAGGAGAAGCUCAGGCCUGGGCAGAGGCCCUCUCCGCCCAGAGGGGGAGGGAGGAGGAGCGGCAGCGCAGGGAGAAGGUCAAAGAAGAGGAGAAGGACAGAGAGAGGCAGAGUGCAAGGGACAGAGAGGUGGUUCAACAGCAGAAGGCCGAAUGCUCCCAGAAACUAGAAGGCCUCACCAUGUGGCUGGCCGGAGCUGCCAGCUUAUUGGUCGGUCAGAAAGGUGGAGCAGAGUCAGGUGACGUGAAGGUCUUGAAAGAGAAGCAGAAAAAACUAAAGGAAUCACAGAAGGACCUCCAGGCCAAAGGGGAGGCUGUUGCCGAGGCUAUCCGCUCUGUGGAGGAGCUCCUGGCAGACCGAGGAGAGAGUCUGAGCCCAGAGGAGAGGAAGAACCUCCAGGGGGCGCUAACCAGACUGAAGGAGCAGUACAGCACCCUCAAAGAUUCAGCAGACACCUCACUGUCAGAGCUGGACACAGCCAUCAGCACAACGGUUCAGCAGAACACACAGAGGGCUAAGGCUGAGGAGGAUCUCCAGGAGACUCGGGGCCAGAUAGACUCUCUGUUGAAGGAGUUAUCUUCUCUCAACCAACCAGGCGGGAGAGGAGAGGGAUCUGGAGACAUGCCUGACACAUCAUUCUCACAGCCAGAGGGCGCUGUGAUGUCACACACCGAGAUGCUGCAGAAUGAGCUGCAGCAGCUGCAGGCUCAACAGGCUCAGCUGCUCCAGAUCACUCAGUCCACCCGCUCCCUUCUGGACCAGCCGGACUCCACCGUCCCUCCUGAGGAGAAGCAGCGUCUCCGGGCCGCCCUGGAUCAGCUGCAGGCCCAGCACCAGGAGAGGCUGCAGAGCUGUCAGGACCGCCUGAGGAAGUCUGAGUCUCUGAAGGACGAGCUGACGAAGUUCCUCCAAGAACACGGAGGUCUGGGUACCUGGCUGGAACAGAAUGAGCAGGAGCUGCAUUCCCUGGGGGAAGGAGAAACUGAUGCACAAGGACUGAAGGGCAGGCUGGAGGAGCACAGGAAGCUUGCUGAGGAUGUAAUCUGCCACAAGGCGGACCUGCGCUUCGUCUCCAUCUCGGGUCAGAAGGUUCUGGACUCCGUUCAAGGAGCUCUGGAGCAGGUCGGGGGUUCAGACCCCGCUCUGGACAGCACCAAGCAGCUGGUGACUGACAAGCUGCAGGACGCUAACCACAGAUACACCAGCCUACACACAAAGUCAACAGAGUUGGGCGGCCGUUUGUCCGGCCUGCUGGAGAGGUACCAGCAGUACCAGGAUGAGGUGGUGUCCCUCCACUCGUGGCUCAGCACUCAGGAACAGCACCAAAGCAUAGCCAAGCCCAGCGGAGACACCGACCCCAAGAACUUGCAGGACACACUACGACAAGUGCAGCUGCUGCAGGACGAGCUGGCUGAGCGCUCAGUGCAGCUGGAGAAGGUGAAGAGAGCCGGGAGAGACCUGGCCAGUGCUGAAGAGUCUCCAUCACUGAAGGCUGUGGACAUCCUCUGUGCUGCAGACGGCCUGGAGAAGAGGUUUGGCUCGCUCUCUGCCGAUGUGUCGGAGCGGGCGGAGCAGCUGCAGACGGCGGUGGCGCAGUCUGUCAGCGUGCAGGAGGGUCUGACGGCUCUGCUGGGCUGGCUGGACAAACUGCCUCUGACCCCGGGCCCUGUGGAGCCCACCACUCAGGCCCUGCAGGACGCCCUGACCCAGAACCAGAAACUUCGCCAGGAGCUGCUGUCCCGGCAGGGCAGCGUGGAAGCAACGCGAGACUCCAUCUCCAAACUCCUGCAGAGCUCGGACGCCUCCACGGCCUCGGGCCUGCAGGGCUCUUUAGACCAGCUGACUCAGCGCUACGCCGCAGCGCAGGGCAGUCAGGCGGAGAGCGAGGCCCAGCUCAAAGGGCUGCUGCCCCGCCUGGAGAGCUACGAGCGGCUGGGGGCCGACCUCCAGAUCUUCACCCAGAGCCGACUGAAGGCCCUGAGCCCGGGGGGGCAGCCUGAGCGCAGCGUGGACGACUACAGGCAGACCAUCGAGGAGGUCAAGUCUGAGCUGGAGCAGGAAGCCGGUCAGCUGAGAUCCUUCUGCAACCUGGGCACCGAUCUCAGCCAAUCAAAACCUUUCAAUAACACACAAAGCUUAUUGGAUAAUGUCAAAGGAGUGUCAGAUGAGUUCACCCAACUGGAAGCCAAUGUCAACCAAAGGUUUGCUGCCCUCCAGGCCUGUGAGCAGCAGCUCCUGCAGUUCCGCGGGCUCUCCGGCUCCCUCCUCAGGUGGCUCCAGACAGGGCAGGACCAGCUGGCGGCCAAAGAGGCCAACCUCAACACAGAGAGCCUGCAGAGGAGAGUCCAGCAGCUCAAGGACUUGCUGGAUGACUGGGAGUCUCAGGGAGGAAGAGUUCAGGAUCUGAACAAGACGGGCUCUGAGCUGGAGUCGCUCAUCAUCGACAUCACCGCUCCUAAGACCAAAACUGGUCUUCCUCACAUCAAUGGCUCGGCAGGGCCCAGCAGUGUCAAUGGCAUCCACACCUGUAAAGACCUGACGGAGCUCCAGGUAGCCGUGUCUGAUGUGAACGGUCGGUAUGAGGCGCUGGGGGGGGAUCUGAAGGAGCGCCUGGGCAGACAGGAGGUGUCUCUGGAGCUGAGGCAGAAGGCCAGGCAGGGCGCUGAGGAGCUGAAGAGCUGGCUGACAGACAGGGAGAGCAGCCUGAAACAGGGACAGACCGCCUCCCCCUCGAAACCGGAGGUGGUCCGCGCCCAGGCCCAGGAGAACAAGGCUCUGCUCUCAGAGCUGGCGGAGCACUCUGGGAAGGUGGAGGAGCUGAAGAGCUCGCUGAGGAAACUGAUCGCUGACAAUCCAGAUUCUCCCGAGGCCGACACCUGGAGGCAGCAGCUGCAGGAGAUAGACUCGCGCUGGCAGAUGGCCAAUCAGACGGCAGCGCAGAGACAGACGGAGCUGGAGACGUGUGCUGAUAGGCUGGGCAGCUUCGCCUCAGCGGCCAGUCAGCUGGGCCCCUGGCUGAGGGAGAAGGAGCUGAUGAUGAGCGUGCUGGGGCCCCUGAGCAUCGACCCCAACAUGCUGAACACACAGAAGCAGCAAGCACAGUUCAUGCUGCGUGAGUUCGACACGAGGCGGCCGCAGUUUGAGCAGCUGACCCAGUCUGCGGAGGGAAUCCUUUCCCAGACUGGGGACUCUGCUCAGGACCCCAAGGACCUGGCGGAGGUGCGGUCUGAGCUGGGCUCCAUCUCCCAGCAGUGGGAGGAGCUUACCAACCGACUGACCCAGAGGUCAAACCACAUCGACCAGGCGCAAGGAACCAGCGAACAGUACCAGGCCCUGCUCAGAGAGCUCUCCUCCAGUGUAUCUGCUCUGGGGGAGAGGUUGGAUGGUCAGGCCUCGCUGAGCGCUCAGCCCGAGGCGCUAAAACUCCGCCUGCAGGAGACAGGUGAGAUCCGCUCUGAGCUGGAGAGGCGGCGCUGCGAGCUGGGCGAGGCGGAGAGGCUCUGCAGCGAGCUGAGCAGCAUCGUGGCCGAGCCGUACCUGAAGGAGGAGCUGAGCAAACGCCUGCAGAGCGUCAGCGCCCCGCUCAGGAGUUUAGAGGAGCGCGCAGCUGACGGGCUGUCUCAGCUCCAGGCCGCUCUGUCGUCCACGCAGCAGUUCCAGCAGAUGUUUGAGGAGCUGCGCUCGUGGCUCGACAAGCAGUCGGAUCCCAGAGCGUCUUCCCCAGACUCCCUGCCCUGUCAGCCGCAGGCCAUCCGCUCCCUGCUGGCUCAGACUGACGACCUCCAGCGGGGGGUCGCCAGUCAGAGAGGCUCCUACGAGCUGCUGCAGGCCGAGGGAGCGUCGCUGCUCGCCUCUCUCCCCGCGGGCGGAGAGGAGCGCUCUGCCCUGCAGUCUCGCCUGGCCUCCUUGAAACAGGACUGGGAUGGGAUGAACCAGAAGAUCGCGGAUCGAGAGAGCAGACUGAAAGCCACACUCGGCAAAGCAGAAACCUACCAGCAGCACAAGGCCGAGCUGGUACCGUGGUUAGCGGAGUGUGAGGGGAAAGAUGCUGAGAUCCAGCCAUCACUGGACCCUGCGGCGCUGGAUAAAGCCCUGCAGAAGGGCCGAGGUCUAUCCCUGGACAUCGAAAGACGACAACCCCUCCUCGAGGCCUUCAACACAGCAGCAGAUCAGCUGCUGGAGCAAUGCUGCAUCGGGGACGAAGAGGUACGAGAUGAGAAGGCCCAGCUGAACCGCAGGGUGGACGGACUGGGGGAGAGGCUCCAUCAGCGCUCCUCCCAGCUGGAGGAGCUGGCUGGACGUCUGAAGGAGUUUGAGGAGAGUAGGCAGGCAGCGGAGAGGAGGCUGGAGGCCGCCAAGCACCAAAUUGAAGUCCAGGAGGCUCUGGGUCCACAGGCGUGCAGUGCUAAGAGUCUGGAGCGUCUGAGGAGUCAGCAGGAGGGUCUCCGCUCCCUGAAGCCUCAGGUGGUGUACCUCAGGGACCUGGCCCAGGGUCUGGUGCAGGACGCCCCGCAGACACCGGGGGGCAGCACCGAGGGCGCCAAGGGGCUCCAGGAGCAGGCCAGGGGCACGGAGAAGGAGUAUGAAGACGUCACUGACAAGGUGAGGAGCAGACAUAGAGCCACCCAGUCCGUCUCCGGAGGGAUUAUCCUGUAA